AUGGUUCUCAGAAGUACUAUCUCGCCAUUGACCCCGGAGUUCGAUGUCUUGGUACAGCAACAGAUGGACAAAUGGAAAGUCCCAGGAUUAUCCAUGGCAGUGGUUCAUGGCUCCAACACCUGGUCGAAAGCGUACGGGUUUUCCGAGGUUCCUGAUCGCAAAAUGACCACCGAUUCUCUUUUCUGUACUUGUAGCACCACCAAAGCAUUCACCGCAGCAGCCAUGUCUCUUGCCAUCGACGAUAGCAAGGAUACAGAAACCCCCCUUCGUUGGGAUACACCAAUUGCGUCCAUACUGAGAGAUGAUUUUGUGUUGGAGAACGACUAUAGCACAAUGCAUACUACCAUAGAAGAUGCCCUUUCGCACCGGUCGGGACUACCAACUCACGAUGCUUGUUUAAAUUUAGUUCUUCCCCAGAGAUCCCUACGUGAAGCAGUGCGAAACUUGCGCCAUCUUCCAAUGGCCUAUGCUCCCCGUACUACCUUUUCUUACAACAACAACAUGUACAUGGCAGUAUCUCAUGCAUUGGAACAAAUUGAAGGUAGAACUCUCGGCGAGACUCUCAAGAAACGAAUUUGGGAACCACUAGAGAUGAAUGACACAUAUUUCUCCGUGACAGACGUCUCGCAGGACCCAUCUCUUCGUCCUCGACUUGCCCGAGGAUACACCUGGGACCCAGACACAAAUACCUAUAUCGCGGAACCAUACAUGAACGAUGUCGCCGUGACCGGAGCCGGCGCCAUGGUAAGCAGCGUCCUCGAGUACACCAAGUGGCUACGUGCAAUGAUCUACCAAAAGGGUCCGAUCUCACCACAGGGCCACGCAGAACUCUUGCAGCCACGCACGGUUAUCUCAAACUGGGAAGAGCUUGUCGGACCCCCGGCAUGUCCAUCUCAUCUCUAUGCCCUAGGAUGGUUUGUGGAUAGUUACCGCGGCGAGCCUAUAUACUGGCACAGCGGGAGCUGGCCCGGGUUCGGCAUUAUGGUGGGCUUCCUACCGAGCAAGGGCUUCGGCUUCGCCAUGAUGGGUAAUACGACCAAUGCCCGAAAUGCGCAGGUGGAGAUCUACAUGCACCUUCUUGAUCGGAUUCUCGGUGGAUCACACGUGCCGCGCUCAGUGGACCAGACGAUACCAGAAAACAAAAGCACCAAAGCCAAGUCUGAGUGUAUGGAAGAAGCCAUCAGACGGCUUUAUCCGUCUCUGCCGGAUCCUAUUAUUUCUCAUUCUCUACAGUUAAACCAGUAUGUGGGGAAAUACGAACAUCCUGCAUACAGUUCCAUUACUUUAUCGCUCAAAAACGGAUAUUUGGUUGCAGAUCUACUAGACCGUGCCAUACCUUCUCUCAUGACUUUCGCCCAUGCGAGUGGGGAGUUCUUUGUGGCGCAUCACUACCAAUCCAAGAAAAUUGGGUCUCUCUCUGGUUACUAUGCAACGGAGUUCAGAGUGGGUUCCAAUGGAAUUGCCACCGCGAUGGGUCUAGAUGUGGAACCCGCUUUGAACGGAGAGAAGAUGUGGUUCGAUCGCAAGUCCUGA